AGGCGCGCCUCAUUUGACAGAAACAUUUGAGGUCCUUUUACUUCACGUGCGCGCCGUGGGAAGUAACCAUGCCGAAGUCAAAGAGGGAUAAGAAAAUUUCUUUAACAAAAACCGCCAAGAAGGGACUCGAAUCAAAACAGAAGUUGAUAGAGGAGUUACGGAAAUGUGUCGACACCUACAAAUAUUUGUUCAUCUUUUCUGUUGCUAACAUGAGGAAUAACAAACUGAAAGACAUCAGGACGGCAUGGAAACACAGCAGAUUCUUCUUUGGAAAAAACAAAGUCAUGAUAGUUGCUAUUGGGAAAGGAGAAACAGACGAAUACAGGGAUAACUUAUGUCAGGUCAGCAAGCAUCUUCGAGGGGAAGUGGGAGUGCUUUUCACCAAUAAAACCAAGGAGGAGGUACAAGAGUAUUUCAGCCAUUACAAAGAGAUGGAUUAUGCACGGUCAGGAAAUCGAGCUCAGAUGGAUGUGACUCUGGACGAAGGACCUUUGGAGCAGUUCACUCACUCCAUGGAGCCUCAGCUAAGGCAGCUCGGCCUCCCCACUGCGCUCAAAAAAGGUGUUGUGACACUACUGAAGGACCACACGGUCUGCAAAGACGGCGAUAUUCUCACCCCUGAGCAAGCUCGUAUUCUGAAACUGUUGGGUAUAGAGAUGGCAGAGUUCAAAGUGACCAUCAAAUGCAUGUGGAGUUCUGAAACCGGAGCAUUUGAGAUCCUGGAGGGGGAAGACCAUCCCAUGCAGGAUAACGAAGUGGAGGAUGAUGAUGAAGAGGCAGAAGAUGGAGAGUGAAAGAAGAUGACUUUUUUUCCCCCCUUCCAUUCGUUUAUAACUUUUAAAUGUCACAUGAUCAGGAUGUUGAAAUUUAGUGGGUUCCAGGAAAUGUACUCUUACCCUCCAACUUUUUUUUUUUUUUUAAAGCUAUGGACAAAUGUUGCUCAACUGUACAGUAUGGUUUGAAAACAUUGCUAUUAUUACAUGUACCAAUGCCACAAUGUAAACCAAAAAAUGUUACAUUUAAAAUCAGGUGAAAUUCUGUAUGGAAAUGAAGUAUCAUCAGAUUUACAAAACUAAUCUUGAAACAAUUCGAGUACAGUACAAGUAACAAAUUGGUGGAAAGCAUGCACAUUCAAAUAGUGCUAAGUUUAAAGUGAGAACCUUUCAAGUCUGCUGAAAGCCAUUCUCCCUCUGCCGGUGCCUUUCCUAGCAGAGUUUGGCAAGAUACUGCUUGAAAUAGUGUCAGGCAGUUAUUGCAUCAACCAGUUACACAUUUACACCUUCAAACAAUUUAGAGCCUUCAAUUAACCCAUGUUUUGGGGGGCGCGUUGGAAAACCGGAGACCAAAAAGUGGACGCAAAGCUAAAUAACUGAGGAAGCAGGAAAAGUCUCAGAAAGGCAUACAGAUGUUGCCGUCUUGGCAAUAUUAGUGAAACAUUAAAAAGCUGGGUAAUUCCAUUCACCGGUUUCCAGUUGAUUUGGGUCGGGUCAAAUUAAGUUCACCCAUUAAAGGUGCAUUGCUUUCAAG